UUGAGUUGUCCAAUAAGCGUUGCCACCAGGCCCCGGUGCGGGACACGACAAGCCAAUCUGCUGUGGUGGUGGGCGGGUACGGGCGACUGGCGGUGCGGCGGAGGCGGAGCCGGCGCUGCGGUAGGAGGAAGAUGGCGGACGAAGAGAAGCUGCCGCCCGGAUGGGAGAAGCGCAUGAGCCGCAGCUCAGGCCGGGUCUACUACUUCAAUCACAUCACCAACGCUAGCCAAUGGGAGCGGCCCAGUGGCAACAGCAGCAGUAGCAGCAGCAGCAAAAAUGGGCAAGGGGAGCCUGCCAGGGUCCGCUGCUCACACCUGCUGGUGAAGCACAGCCAGUCAAGGCGACCCUCAUCCUGGCGGCAGGAGAAGAUCACCCGGACCAAGGAGGAGGCCCUGGAGUUGAUCAAUGGUUAUAUCCAGAAGAUCAAGUCAGGAGAGGAGGACUUUGAAUCUCUGGCCUCACAGUUCAGCGACUGCAGCUCAGCUAAGGCCAGGGGAGACCUGGGUGCCUUCAGCAGAGGUCAGAUGCAGAAGCCGUUUGAAGAUGCCUCAUUUGCGCUGCGGACGGGGGAGAUGAGCGGGCCCGUGUUCACAGACUCCGGCAUCCACAUCAUCCUGCGCACGGAGUGAGGGCUGUGGGCGCCAGGCCUGGCCUGCAGGGCUGCACCAAGGGGCUCCUGGCUCCUCCCUGCACCCGCCACACAGUAUUUAUUGUUCCCAAAACGGCUGGGAGGGGGGCUCUUCAAGAUGGGGGCUCUGGGAUUCCUGCUCCCUGUCCUCCUGCAGUUGGGGCUGUCUCUGCCAGACUCCCCCUGAAGGAAACUUCAGAAGGGCAGCAGGGACAGGGAGGUUCCCAGCCCCAGGGGAGUGGGGUGGCCUGUCCUCCAUGUCCCAGAGACAGCCAGGAGGGCCUAGAGUUUUUUCUCGUUCAGCCCAUUCCCCUGUUCAGUUGCAAAAAGCAGACACUGGGUGUGGGCACGGGCCUCUGGGCAGCAGUGCUGCACUCUCUGCACCCGCAAUUAAACCCAAACCUG